AUGCAUCCAGAACGUAUAAACCUUACAUCUGUAAUGGACAACUUCACCCUGGUCGCCAAUCACUCAGACUGUGCCUUGCCCGACACCCAAUUCGGGAGGAGGUCUUUCCUAUUUUUCUACAUUGCCAUCAUCAUCUCCGCAAUCCCGUCCAACGCCUUCUCCCUCUACGUGUCAUGGCAGCACAUUAGACAGAAGAAUGAGUUCGGUGUGUACCUGUUCAACCUGGCCCUGAGUGACCUGACCUUCACUGUGGGUUUGUCUCUGUGGCUGGACUUCCUGUGGCAGGGGGUCUGGGCCCACGGGGGUUAUGUGUGUUUGCUCUCCGUCUACUCUCUCUUCACCAACUUCUACACCAGCGACGCUUUCCUCUGCUGCGUCGCCAUCGACCGCUACCUGGCAGUGGUCCACCCGCUAAAGUUUGCCUCCUUGAGGAAAGUGGGCUCUGCAGCAGCGGUGAGCGUUGCCAUUUGGGUGCUGGUGAUCUGUUUCAAUGCCGCCACCAUCACGUUGGAGGACUCGUACCUGCAAAACAACGAGUCUUCCGUGUGCUUUGACGUCUUCCUCCUGCCCUCAGAGAAUAUGGCUCGCCCAAACUUGCUGCGCUUCUGCCUGGGGUUUGUAGUUCCUGUUCUCCUGGUGGUGUUUUCCACCUGGGGCAUCUGCACGGCAGUGAAGUCCAACAAGGCCACAGAGGAACAGGAGCGUAAACGGAUUUCCCGGCUGCUGACAGUGGUUCUACUCUGCCUCUUGUUCUGCUUUGGACCCAUCCACAUCAUGAUGCUGCUCCGAGCGCUGGUGUAUCACUGCUCUUAUGUUGCCUGGUUCAUCUAUCCCUACAAAAUUAGCCUUGCCAUCUCCACCCUCAACUGCCUGGCAGACCCACUGCUCUACUGCUUCAUCACGAGAACAGGACAGAAGAACGUUAAUCAGGUCGUGCUCUUCUUCCAGGGAAAGAAGAGAAGCAAACAUGAGGGUGUAGUGUAG